AUGCGUCCUUCCUUCAAGACCAUCAAAACCACCAGAGCCAUCAAGAAUGCCAAGAAGGUCAAAAUUGACCCAAUUCUCGUGGCCAUAUCGCCAAUCAGCGAGCAGAACAGAGCUACCCUUGAAGAUGCCAAGGUCGUCCUCGAGUCUCCAAACUGUCCCAAUGAAGACCGAGCCCUCGUUCUCAGCUAUCUCAAGGAAAUCUACAACGCCGCCGAAGACCACCGAACCCUCUACCAUUUCCUCUGCGCCUGCUACCUCCUUUCUGUUUACUCCACCGAGAAUCUGGCUACACGCAAGAUGUACGCCACGAAGGUUGAAACCGAGAGCAAGAAACAGAUCAAGAAACUCACGCUCCACAUGGACAAGGCCGAUAACGAGUUCCGCGUCUCCAUCCAGAUCUACGAGGGUCUGAAGAACAUGGCAAUUAAGUCGUCUGAUAGGAUUGGGCAGGAGGUUCGGAAGGCUCUUGCUGAGGGUAAGAGUAUUGGAGAGGUAAAGAAGGAUGGUAGUGGUGAGGAGGAGGAGACCAGACAUGUCAAGAAGAAGAAACGGGUGUUGUGGGGUAGGGUGGAGAAGUAUUCGGAUGAUGAAGAGGAGAGAGAUGGUGGCCGGGGAGAUGGACAGGAUGAUCACGAGGAGAAUACUGCCGUUGAGGAAGUCAGGGCGGAUGCGGAUGAGUACCAGGAAGAGCAGAGCGAAGGAGAAGAGGAGAGUGAGGACGAAGAUGAGGAAGAGGAGUGAGGAAGAUCCGAUCUGAGGGCUGCUCCACCAGUACGUUUGAGCAAGGCCCUAUAUUUCUAAUUGACUUCGCAGUUCUAUUUCUUCACAAUUAGUCGUGAU